AUGAGUAGAUGUUUUCGAUGACGUUCCAAAUUUGACAUUGACAAUCAACAAUUCGCCGCAGUCAAACCGUGACUUUCAAAAAUUGUUUUAGCUAUUUAAUUCAACUUUUUCUGCAAAAUAAUAAUGGCGGCGUCAGUAGUGAACGCUUACGGUGAUCCGACCAUGGAAUGGAUGAACGCUCCUCAUAGUACCGGAACCUCUAUCAUGGCUUGCGAGUUCAAUGGCGGAGUGGUGAUCGGCGCCGACUCCCGCACGACCACGGGCGCGUACAUCGCGAACAGAGUGACGGACAAGCUGACGAGGAUCACCGAUCAUAUUUACUGCUGCAGAUCAGGAUCGGCCGCUGAUACUCAAGCUAUUGCUGAUAUUGUGACUUACCAUUUGAAUUUCCACAAGAUGGAGCUGGGUGAGCCCCCACUAGUUCACACGGCAGCUGCCAUAUUCCGUGAGCUCUGCUACAACUACCGUGACUCUCUGGUCGCUGGCAUCCUGGUUGCCGGUUGGGAUAAGAAGAAUGGAGGACAAAUCUACUCAGUCCCAAUUGGUGGUAUGGUGCAGCGUCAAGCAGUCUCCAUUGGAGGCUCUGGUUCAACCUAUGUAUAUGGUUACGUAGAUGCCAACUUCAAGCCCAACAUGAGCAAGGAGGAAGCUAUCAAGUUUGUCACCAACACACUGACUCUGGCUAUCCUUCGUGAUGGGUCAUCAGGAGGUGUGGUAAGGCUGGGAGUCAUUACAGAAGCUGGUGUUGAACGCUCCGUUAUUCUGGGAGACCAGCUACCCAAGUUCUAUGAGGGCUGAUUUUGCUUUUGUAUUCUAUUUUGUAAGGUAAUAAAAUUUUGAAAAUGGUUAA